AGUCGAUAAUACAGAGUGAGGACCAAAUGAUGUUGAAGGAGGGGAGAGCGACAUGACAUGGAAGGAGAUUCGCAAGUCGUCACUCGUUUUGUAGCGCUGAUGAAGUGCGUAUGGUUUCUUGUUAAUUGUGCGGGUAUCGGCAAGUGUUGAGUGUAUAAAAUCGGUCUAUUGAAAGAGAAAUAAAAAUUUUUCAACCAUGGGUGGAUAUGCCUGGGUUACAUUAGCUACCAAUGAUGCUUAUUCUUUGGGAGCUUUAGUUUUGGCACACUCUUUACGACGAGUUGGUACCAAGCACGAACUGGCCGUUUUGAUUACUCCUGGAGUAACGCAAACGAUGAGGGAAAAGUUAUCAGCAAUCUUUUCUGUAGUAAUGGAAGUAAAUGUACUUGAUUCAAAAGAUGAAGCUAAUUUAGCACUUUUAGCUAGACCAGAAUUGGGUGUUACAUUUACCAAAUUGCAUUGCUGGAGAUUAACUCAAUAUGAGAAAUGUGUGUUUCUUGAUGCAGAUACACUUGUUGUCAGAAAUUGCGAUGAAUUGUUUGAGAAAGAAGAAUUAUCUGCUGCUCCUGAUGUCGGUUGGCCUGAUUGCUUCAAUUCUGGUGUAUUUGUAUAUAAACCAUCCCAACAAACUUUUGCUUCGAUUACCGCAUUUGCUGCUGCUAAAGGUUCGUUUGAUGGUGGAGAUCAAGGAUUAUUGAAUAUGUAUUUCAGUGAUUGGGCUAGAAAAGACAUUUCCAAACAUUUACCAUUUAUCUAUAAUAUGUGCUCCACUGCUACAUAUUCCUAUCUUCCUGCAUUCAAACAAUUUGGGGAUGAUGUUAGAAUAAUACAUUUUAUUGGUAUUACAAAACCAUGGUUACAGUAUUUUGAUACUUUGACUGGUAUUGUUCAGCCACCAGUGGGUUCUGCACACUUGCAACCAUUAUUACAAUUAUGGUGGAACAUAUUUUGUGAAAAAGUACAUCCUCAGUUAUCACCUGUUAUGGCUACCAGCACAUUGGCACCAAUUUGGCACGAAUUUUCUCCUAUGCCUCUUGAAUCCUUUGUUCCAAGAAGUCCCAUUUACAUGGACAUACAAAACAAAACACAGAAUGACAUACAUUUAGAACAACCAGAUUUUUCAGAGUUUCAAGAUCCAUGGGAAAAUUAUUAUGUAUCAAAUGAUCCAGAUAUUUAUAAAUCAGAAAAUAAUGAAAGAGAACAGUAUUAUUCAACAAUCAACAGUUUGCCUAUAUCUGUAUUAAAUGAAAGCUUAAAUUCUGUGCAUCAGACUCAGUCAUCACUAGAAUAUAACAGGAAAGUCUAUCAUAAUCAACAAUAUAGUGAAAAUGUGUCUGCUUUAUAUACUCUAAAUCAUUAUAAUCAAAUAGAAUCUGAUCAGUUAAGUAAUGAAACUGAGCAACAACAUUUUUCUCAUUCUAAUGAUAUAGAUAGGAAAUCCUAUCAUAAUCAACAAUAUAAUGAAAAUAUGUCUCCUCCAUAUACUUUAAAUUAUAAUCAAUUAGAAUCUAAUCAGUUAAUCAAUGAAACUGACAAUGAGCAACAACAUUUUUCUCAUUCCAAUGAUAUAGUCACUUUAAAUACAGACUCUGAACAUUGGAAAGUUCAAGAUAAUAUAGAACAACAUAAUCCUCUACACAAUGUGCAAUAUUAUCAUUUAAAUGAAUCUCAAUAUCAACCUACUAACAAUCAACACAUUCCUCAAAAUACUUGCAAUAGAUUAGUAUCAGAAGAAACAAACCAACAUCAGCAUAUUGAGUACAAAUGUAACUAUCAACAUUCUUCUAGUAAUAACAACAAAUUGCUUUCAGAAGAAAUAAAACAUCAACAUAACGAACCUUAUAUUGAUCAUCAUUGUAAUUAUUAUCAAAUGUUUGAUAAUGUAAAUAAUAAACAACUUGUUCAGCAUUGUGAACAAGAAAAUCAAACUAGUAAAUCUUUAGAUGUCAACAUUAAUCAUGUCCAAACUACACCAAAUAACAUAGCUUAUCAGAAUAAUCUUUCUAUUAAACAAACUACUGAACAAAAUGAAAAUAUGAACGUUACAGACAAACGGACAAGCACACUAAUAUCUACUAGUCCUCAUCCUGAUUCCAAACCUUGUACAGAUAUCCACAAUGUAGCAACGCAAUCUGAUUCACACAUAAUGGAUGAUUCAAAUAGUUCAAAUGCUGGUCUAGCUGGUGUCUUGGCUCAAAUGACAUUAGGUGAACCCAGAAGCGCUCAACAAAUUGCAUUAGAGGAGCAUAUGCGAAAACAAAGUUGGGAACAAGGUCAGAUAGACUAUAUGGGUCGUGAUAGUUUUGACAAUAUUUGGAAAAAAAUUUGUGAAACACUUGCUCUUGCACCUCCGCGGUUACCAUCUCCUCCUAAAGAAACUCAAAAAGAAUCGACGCUAAAAACCGACAAGACUGAUGAAUCUGUUAAAUCUAUUGAAGUUAUUGAAUCUACUGAUUCUGUAGAUGAGGUGGAUAAAGGAAUUGCUCAGGCAACUAUCAGUCAUACUGAAGAACAAUCUCUAGUUAACAAUGUUCCUAUAACAAACGUACCUACAUUAUCAGGAGAUCAAAAGAAUGAAGAUAACAAAUUUUCAACAAAAUCAGGAAUUGAAACACUUGAUACAAAGCUCCCAAUACAAAUAUCUCAUGAAGAAGUUGCAGAAUUCAGUUCAAAAUCAUUAUUAAAAGAAGCCUCAGAACAAAUAAAUCUGCCUAUAAAAUCGUCUAAUCUAAUUCAAUCAUCUUCAAUUGAAGAACAAAAUGUAAUUACCUCACCAAAAAAACUAGAAAACAAAUUACAGGAUGUAAGAGAUCUUAAAAUCACAGUAGAUAUCGAAGACACGAAACAAUCGAAUAUUAGAGAUGAAAAACAUGCAAAACAACUCUUAACUGCUUCUGAAAUUCUAACAGUUAGUCCUGUUCCUAUUCAAGUUGCAGAAUCUGUACUACAAGUGGAACCAAAAGAAUCUAUGUCUGAUUCUCAAGUAAUGCCACAAGAAAUCCUUUCUUCUACAAUUACACCUGUUCACUUAACAGAAGUAGAAGAUAAGUUACAUAUAAAUGGUUCGACAUCUUCAAUUAAUUUUGUGCAAAAUAAAGAAAAAUCAAAUUUGAAUAAUUCCUCAACUGUAAUGAGUAUCGAUACUGCCAAUAAAUUAGGUCAGUCAGAAGAAGCUUCACAGAAUUUGUCACCAAUACAGCAAGUUCAACUUAAUGACACAGCUGGAUUAUCUUCCAAAAAUUUAUGUAUACCAGAGAAAUCAGUACAGGAAAAAACAGUAGAAUUAGAACAACAAGAACAACAGGAUAAAAAAGACGAAUCUGGCACAAACGAAAUAAUAGAAUCAAUUAAAAUUUCAUCAGAACAUGAAGUAACUGAAUCAUUACUAUUAGACAAAGCUCCAAUUAGACCUUUAAGAACAAAAGAUUUAAAUGCACCUUCAACAAGUAUCCAAAUAAAUGCACAAUCAGAUUUAAUAGAUCAAGAGAAAGUAAUAAAAAAGCCUGGGAAAAAAUUGACAGAAAAGUCGGUAUCAGAAGUAGAAAUGGAAACAACAGAUGGUGAUGGCGUUGAAAAGAAAGUAGGAAGGAAGAUAGUAAAAAAAGUUACAAAAAAAACAAAAAUAAAAUCAGAAGAAGGACCAGAUGAUAGUACAGUAGACAGUAGUUCUUCUAGUAAACAAAAAAAAACUAUAAAAGUUGUUAAAAAAGGUGUAAAAUCGUCUCAAAUAGGCCUUAGUGAUACUACUGUCCCUGAAACUCCAUCAUCUAGUACUUCUGAUGCACCAAUUCCACCUAAGAGAAAAACAAAAACAGCAGCUGUAAAAGCUAUUAAAAAAUCCGGUAUAGAGCAGUAAUUAUAUCAAGAA